AUGGUUGAUGAAAAUAGCAAUGCUAAUGUGAACAAUAUCACAAAUAGUAUCAAUAACAAUAUUAACACUAUAAAAACCAUUAAUGAUAAGGAAGAUCACUUAAGCCCAAUGUCAAAGAAUACUGGUGCCAUACCAAAAAACAAGCCAAAUACAUUGAGCUCGCAUAAAACGGAAAACAUCCAAACUGGAAUGGACCGUUAUGUAACUUAUACAAAACGUAAGUCCAGCCCUAGGACUUCAAAAUUGGAACCAAAUCCAAAACAGGCGAAAACAAAUUCUGUAAGUCAAAAUCGUUUUGCACUCCUUGACAACCAGGAAAGGGAAAAAGCACCAUUCAUGCCUCUAAAAGAUCACAAGCCACCUCCCCUCUAUUUGCGCGAACAUACCACAAAUCUAUUUGUUAAUAAGUUGUCCCAACUUGUAGGCAAAGAAAUUUUCCACGUAGUCUCCCUACGCAAAGGAAACAUUUAG